AUUUCAAAUCAAGCUGGCAGCACAGUACUUGUCAAACAACGAGUUUUCUCCACGUAAUUCUAGCGCGCUGGGCUAUCAAAAAAUAUUAAAUUUAUUGAAUUAACGACGUGUUUCCGGCAAUGUUCGCAUUUUAAAGUAUUCAGGGGUGCUCAUCACACAUUCAUAAGUGCGCUGUGCAGUAAAUCCCCCAGAAUGAAGACUCUUGGGGCUCUUCUGGUUUUUUCGCUGGCGUUCGCCGGCUCUUUGGCCGUGGACAGGAACAAUUUUAAGACGUGCGAGCAAUCGGGUUUCUGCAAGCGUUUGCGGUCUUUGAAGCCCGAGAAGUCUCAGUAUUCGCUGAACUUGGACACCGUUAUAGUGCACGGAAAUGUGCUCACCGCGGAAGUCAAUACUGUAGACACGGAAACUGAAAAGAGGAUUAUACUGUGGAACUACGCUCUCAAACUGACGGCGCUAGUCGACGGAACCUUUAGGGUGGAGUUGGAUGAAGCAGACCCGCUGUACCCUCGCUACAGGACUCAGUUCUCUUUGGACGGCGAGCCUAAGUGCGACAGCUUGAAGCUGGUGUCCAGCGAGAAAGGUGUGGUGACGGUGGUCAACGGGCAAGGCCAUAAAGUUCUAAUCACAGCGGAACCCUUCAAGUUGGAGUUCCUUGACCAGGCCGGCGAUGUGGCGGUGGUGGUGAACGGCAACGCGCAGCUGGAGGUGGAGCCGCUCAAGGUCAAAGAGGAGGGUGGCGAUGAAGACGACAGCUCACGAGGCGAAAACUUCAAGUCGCAUCACGACAGCAAACCGCGAGGCAACGAGGCAGUGUCACUCGAUGUCACUUUCCCCGAGGCCGACCAUGUCUAUGGUAUCCCCGAGCACACGGACAAUUUCGCUCUCCGCACAACUAGCGGCGGCGAGCCGUACCGUCUUUAUAAUUUGGACGUGUUCGAGUAUGAACUCGACAGCCGCAUGGCUUUGUAUGGCGCCAUUCCCGUCAUGUAUGCCCAUGGCUCCAAGCGCACCACUGGUGUUUUCUGGCACAACUCCGCCGAAACGUGGGUGGACGUGGUCAACUACGCGGAGGGCACUGUCGUCUCUUCGCUGGUCAACCUGGUCACCGGCGGUCAGAAGAAGCAGGUCGACGCUAGAUUCAUGAGCGAAUCUGGUAUCGUGGACAUGUUCGUGAUGCUCGGCAACCGACCUAAGGACGUGUUCAGACAGUACACGCGGCUCACGGGUGUAAUGCCUUUACCACCUAAAUUUUCCAUCGCGUACCACCAAAGCCGCUGGAACUACGUGGACGAGAAUGACGUGCGACAAGUGGACGACAACUUUGACGUGCACGACAUGCCCGUUGACGCCAUCUGGCUCGACAUCGAAUACACAGACAGAAAAAUGUACUUCACCUGGGAUGCCGAAAAGUUCCCUCAUCCCGCCGACAUGGUCGCCAACCUAACCGCCAAGGGCCGGAAGUUGAUCGCCAUCAUCGACCCGCACAUCAAGCGGGAAGCCGGAUACUUCCUACAUGAAGACGCCACAGAAAACGGGUACUAUGUGAAGGACAAAGACGGGAAAGAUUAUGAAGGCUGGUGCUGGCCCGGCUCCUCCUCCUAUCUGGACUUUUUCGACCCUCGCGUGACCAAGUACUACUCCGAGCGCUACCAGUUCAAGAACUUUCCCGGAACCAGCAAAGAUGUCCACAUCUGGAACGACAUGAACGAGCCCAGUGUAUUCAACGGUCCUGAAAUCACCAUGCCCAAGGACUGUCGCCAUUACAAGCCUCCCCAGGACGGACACGAUGGACUCGCCUCCUUUUGGGAACACAGACACGUCCACAAUGAAUACGGUCUAGGCCACAUCAGAGGCACUCACCAGGGCAUGUUGGACCGCGCCGACGGCAAAUACCGGCCCUUCAUCCUCACGCGUUCUGCAUUUGCCGGCACUCAGAGAUACGCAGCAGUAUGGACAGGCGACAACAUGGCGGAAUGGGGUUUCCUGGCCGUCUCCAUUCCCCAGUGCCUCUCGAUGUCCGUCGCCGGCAUCAGCUUCUGCGGUUCCGACGUCGGUGGAUUCUUCAAGUAUCCUGAGGCAGAGCUGAUGACGAGAUGGUACCAGGCGGGCUCGCUCCAGCCCUUCUUCCGCGCGCACUCGCACAUCGAGACCAAGCGCCGCGAGCCCUGGCUGUACGCGCCCGCCACCGCCGCCCUCAUCCGAGACGCGCUGCGCAGGAGAUACGCCCUCAUCGACUAUUGGUACACUCUGUUCUACGAGCACUCCGUGGACGGGUUGCCCAUCAUGAGACCCAUGUUCCAUGAUUAUCCUGAGGAAGAGGAGACAUUCGACAUCCAGGACCAGUACUUACUCGGCGACGAGUUCCUGGUUCGGCCUGUGACCGAGCCCGGCGUCACCAGCGUGAAGGUGUACCUGCCCGGGAAGGCAACCCGCACCCUGUGGUACGACGUGGACUCGUACCAUGCGCACGCAGCCAACGGAUACUUCACACAGGACGUCAAUAUUGCUAAGAUCCCCUUGUACCAGCGCGGCGGUAGCGUGGUGCCGCGCAAGGAGCGCGUGCGGCGCUCGUCCGCGCUCAUGGCCGCCGACCCCUACACGCUCGUCGUCGCUUUAGAUGCCAACAACACCGCACACGGCUCGCUGUACAUCGACGACGGUGAGACUUACGAGUUCAGGAACAACAAGUACAUCUACGCACACAUCGACUACGAACCCAGCGCGAUCACUUACUCUUUCGUGAACUCGGCCAACUACCCCACCCGCUCGUGGGUGGAGCGUAUCGUGAUCGCCGGCAUCAAGUCCCCGCCCAAGACCGCCAAGCUCGUGCAGGCCGACAAGCAGCUCGCCCUGCAGAUGACCUUGCACAAGGGCAACGAUGUUCUAGUUGUAAGAAAACCGGCCGCCAGCAUGGCGCAGCCUUGGAGGAUUGUGUUCAGUUAUUAACAUAUUUCAGGACUUGAAACGAAUUCCAAAACCUAGUCCUCUGAUUUUAAAAUGUGUUAAGGUUUUGAUAUUGAUAUAUUAUUUCGCUCGAUAUAUAUAUUAGGUCUACAUAUUGAUAUAUUAGGUCUAGAUGUAAUAAUUUCGAAACCUUAACAUAUUAGACUAUUACGUAUCGAAUUAUCGAUCUGACCUGCGGUGGCAGCAUGGUUACAUUUUUAUCGCCUGUCACUUUCGCACUUACAUACUUGUUAGAACGUGACAGGCAUGGUGACAGGCGAUAUAAAUGCGACCGUGCUUAGCCCGCUGACUAGCGGGUCAUACAUGAUGUGCUGACAAAGUCGUGAAACGACAUUUUACAUUUCCUAAUUGUGAAUUCCGUUUCUCUUGUAUAAUUUCCGUGAAAGUUUCCAAUUUUUUGGGGUUUCUUCCGCAACUUGCACAUGUUAUACACAGAUUUAAUUUCUAUUUUGUCUUUUCUGUUCUCGAAAGCAUAUAUAGUUUUGGUUCAAACCGAAACUAAGUCGGGUCUUCGGUCGAUAUAAAUAGAUAUCGGACAAUCCCGCUCUAGACCGCCAAGCUCAUACAAGGCGACAAGCAGUUCGCCCUGCAAAUGAACAUACUUUGAGUUUUAGUGACCUCAUUAAAUAAUUUCACGGUUUAGACACUUGUUUUAGUCACUCACGCGACAUGUUUCGGUGAGCCUAGGUCUCCUUUCUCAAGCACUAAUAAGAGGUUUAGUGACCUUGGUAAUAAUAAAAAGCUCCCUGAAAUGGUUUUUUAGCCCCAAAUCAAACGCACUCUCCAGUGAUAAACUCAUAUGUAUUACCAGUAAUUUUUAUAACCAAGGACUCACGGUGCUAUACCUAUUACUUAUUAAGUUCGAUAAAAUUUAAACCAUGUUCUAUUGGAACAUAGCUGCCUUUGUCUUGUUUCGUUCAUGAAAUAAAACUAUAAAAACGGAUUAUAUCGCGUAUAUUUAAUUUAUAAUACAUCCCGAAGUUUCGAACCCUUUACAGCGUUCGUGGUCAACGGGUGACGGGGUUUUCAUAGUUUUAUUUUAUAAGUAACUAUCGCGGUAAACGAAGACAAUAUUUUGUUUCGUUCAAUUUUAAAACAAAAUCAACUUUAUUUCCCACAUUAUAGGUUCAAAUUUCACGGGUUAAUUUUGGAAUUUUUACCGGUAUGGCUGGACCUUAGGAGAAUAAAACAAGGCAAUGCACUAAAUAGAUCGCCACUUCCAAAUUUACAAAUUUUUAGGAAAAUUGAACCUUACACAAAUACAUACAGGUUGCAAUUGGCGAUCAAAGGUAUGUAAAUCUUGUGAUUUUCUACUUUAUAUGUAAUUAGAUCAAUAUGGAUACUCCUUAUUUAAAUUGUGUACGUACGCAGUCCUGUUUUAUAUGUACAUGUUAUUAUUUUCAUCACACGUAGGUCAUCAAUCAUAAAUGUCAUAAUAUAUGUCUGUAUAAACUUUUUGCAUUUGACUAUUGCGUGUGUAUUUCAAAAAUCAACUUUACUUGUGAGAUAAUAAAGGCGUAUUCUAUAAUGGUAGAAUAUUUUUUUACGUAUUUUAUGACUUAUAUAUUUUGUCUCUUAUUGACACCAUAAGGUAAAUUAAACAGUUAUUGAAAACGUUAACAUAACCGUGAUAGUAAAAUGAAAUAAGUUUAUUUCAUGUCAACCUUUUACAAGUAAUAUCUACGUUUUUACUAUGAGUGUUCAUUAAAUGUAUAAUAUUACGGAAUGAAUCAAUAAGAAUCUAUUACAGAUUGUAAUUUGUCAAGUAGGUAGUAAUCGUAAUAAGGUAAACGUCCUAGUGCUCGACAUGCUAAUGCCCAAUAGAUGACAAUGACACCCUGCUGUCACGUGUAUUGACAAAAAUGUGACAUAAGUUUAAACA